ACCCUAAAAAAACCAGAAAAUUUGGUAAAAUUUAAUCUCUAUCUCUCUCAAUUCUCUGUCAAGACUCAAAACUCUUAACCUUUUUUUGUAUGCGUUUAAGCCUCUGAUCGUAUCUGAUCCCCAAAGGUUUGCUGCAAGGACAAUAAAAGAAGAGAAUCGAUCCUCUGUUUUCUGGUAAUUGAGCAUUCAAAUGGGAAGCUGCGUCUCUAAGAACAAAGGAGACGAUGAUACAAUCCAUAACGUUGAUUUUUCUGGUGGCAAUGUUCAUCUCAUAACCACCAAAGAGAGCUGGGAUGAUAAAUUAGCUGAAGCUGGCCGUGAUGGCAAAAUCGUGAUUGCAAACUUCAGCGCGACAUGGUGUGGUCCAUGUAAGAUGUUGGCAACGUUUUACGUUGAGCUCUCUGAGAAGCACCCUUCCCUUAUGUUCCUUCUUGUUGAUGUUGAUGAACUCUGCGAUUUUAGCUCAUCGUGGGACAUAAAGGCAACACCAACCUUCUUUUUUCUAAAGAAUGGUCAGAAAAUAGGCAAGCUUGUCGGAGCUAACAAGCCUGAGCUACAGAAGAAGGUUACUUCCAUCAUUGACUCUCUACCUCAAAGUCCACAGCAGCCUUGACUCAACCUUUCUAUGUUGCUUGUGUAGCAAGUAUCAAAAACUCUUUCUUCUUAUCAAUGUAUGUAAAAUGCCAAAAAUUUUAUUAAAAAACACUGUGUGUUAGUUCAUCACUAAAUAUAAUAUUGAAUCAUCUCUAUGUACAAUUUCAUCUGUGAUUAGUUUUAACAGAUUAUAAAAUCCAAAAGCACUUUGA